GUCCAUUGGAAUGACGUUGGGGAGCAGUUAAUCAGCUGAUUCUGGGCGAUCAAAUAAACCAAAAUAACACGGCUUUAUCUGUGAGAAAGAGGUCAACAUCUGCCCAUAACUAAGGAUACUCUGGUGGGACAUUGUUGACAUGCUUGAUAGGGGUAAGUAAAGCCUAUGAAUCUGUCCUUUAGCGCUAUUACACAGCGGUAUUUCUGCCAAGUCAGGGGAACCUAACGUUAUUUAGCUAACGACAGGCCCGUGCGGCGCUCGCUUUGUUCAUGUUUUUGUAUAAAGAGGAUGUUGGUAAAAAGCGGAGAAAGACAGCCAGCACACCGGUGUUUCGAUGUAUUUGUUCAACUGUGAAAAUGUUUCCCCCCGGAAUGAGAGAUAAAUCAACAAUGACACCACCCGGUACUGUUAGCUUCGGCUAGUUAGCCUGAGUGACACACCGAGUCCAGACACGGGGGAGAGUUUCUGACCCCACAGACGAGGAGGAGGAGGAGGAAGGAGAGACUAAAACAAGGUGUCAAUGUAGCAAUAAUGGACACGAAUGUAUCCUCUUUAUCGUGAUAGAUGGAUCAGUUCGUGAAAAAGAAAUAAAAAUCAAAGUCGCAUCACGUAGAAAGCCGCGACAUCACGGAAAUCACUUUAGAAAUGUUUUCUCUCGGCUCAUUUCACUUUUUUUACGAAUAUAUUCACAAUGAGUAAGUGUUCAAAAAGCGAAGAUGAAGUAAUUUGACUUAUACAUGUACAGCAAAGAUCAACUGAGAUAUGAAGGGUAUCCCAUGGUCAACAGGGGGCACCAAAAUCAAUACGAAUAGACAGUGCUUCAUAGAAUUUUUUUUAAUGAUCAGAUUUUAUUUUAUUUUCAGAAUUCACAUAGAAGCAUACAUCAUUAAGCAGUGGUCUGAUCUAGGGAACAAUAAUUCAUAAACAGAAUUCAAAUGAGGUAGAAAAUGACAGGAAAAGGAUAUAACAUGAGGUAAAAAAAGAGAACGAAACAAAAAGGGUAAACAAAGAAAAUCCACAACGACACAACAAUGUUUAGAUUCAACUUUAUCGUCAGUGAACACAGUACAAGUACAUGAACAACGAAAUGCAGUUAAGUAUCUAACCAAAAAUACAUAUAUAUAUAUAUAUAUAUAUAUAUAUAUAUAUAUAUAUAUAUAUAUAUAUAUAUGAGCAAAAAUAUGUACACAGUGUUGGUUACUGCAGGUAUGAAUAGGCUAUACAACAAAAUGUAAUUAUGUAUAUUAUCUAUAUACAGUAUACUGAUUAGUGCAGGUGUGAAAAAGAGAAAAUGCUAUUAAACAGUGGGUGCGUUGAAGUAUUUAAACUGAGAUAUUUACUACUUUAGGAUAUGAGUAGUAAUAUGUACAGCUAUUAAAUAAAUAGUUGUAUAAAAUAUGUAUAUACAGAUACAGCAGAGUGUGAUUAGUCUUAGAUGUGGGGGUAAUCAGUCAGUGUGUCAUCAGUUAAAGAAAUAUGUGUCCUUGUACUUAUCAAAAGGGUUUUUUAUCACCAGUCAGCUCAGUUUGGGACCUCCUAAACCACUGUUUCCCCUUCAGAUAGUUUUGUUUAGACCUUUAGGCAAUUGAUCCUCAAGGGGCUGCCAUGUGUCAAUAUAUCAGCCUGAUAUAACUGAACUGUGAAAUGAUCCAGCGCACUGUUUCCUGAAGUAUUGGUGUCACAGUAAAGCACAUCACAUGUUCUACCUGUUAUUGCCAACAGUCUACACACUCAUUGAAUGAGACUGAAUGGGAACAAAACGCAGCUCCACAGGCUGGAGUAGAGCGGACUCAAUAGGCUGUACUGACAGCUGACUAUCACAGUAGGAAAAUGCAAACAGCUUACAACUUAGGUGUAACAUUCAAAUACACCACAAUACCAUCAACGUGCAAAUUAUCCUCUGUGCAGAAAUUUGUAUCUAGGACUGUAGCAGGCUCUUCUGAUUUGUUUUAUAAUUUAAUUUAAACAAAAAUGCAAGCUGCUUUAUAUUGAGUGUGUGCUUGUACUAUGUCUAUGUGUGACUAAAUUGUCCCUAAUUUUUUUUCAAUUGUGCCCAACACAACAGUUUGUCAUCAUGGACAAGAUUUUGGAGGGCCUUGUGAGCUCUGAUCACUCUGUUCCUGUGAAGAGAGCCAUUGUGAAGAAGGUAGUGGAAGCGGCAGAGAAAGAGGUGACUGAGGAGCAGUGUCAGUCCCUGUUUGUCCUCACCACCCGCCUCAUCCUACUCGGUGAAGAUGCCUUUCAGAAGCAGAUCGGCCUGCAGGUUUUGGAGGCGUACGCACGCUAUCACCGCCCCGAGUUUGAACGUUUCUUCAGCAAAGACUUUGUCCUCAGUCUCCUCCAGCAGGGCUACGGACAACUGGACCGCAAAGACCCGGCCAUCAUAGACUAUAUUCACUGCUGCCUGCGGCUGCUCAUCAGCUGCCCCUCGGUGCUGGAGAUCUUCAGUGUGAUCCAGGUGGAGGUUCUGAGGAUGGUGUGUGAACGUCCAGAGCCUGCUCUCUGCGCCCGCCUGAACACUUUACUGUCCGAUUUUGUGCAGUGCAUCCCGAGAGACAAGUCGGGCGUUUUGUUCUGCCAGCAGCUGGUGAGGACCAUCAGUUAUUUCCACUGCUAUGCCAGCCAGGAACGGGAGCUGAGAGAGUAUGUAGGUCAGGUGACCAAGGUCAGCACGCUAUUGCAGAAUAUCUGGAAAGCUGACCCAGCCACCCUCCUACCUUCACUGCAGGAAGUCUUUGCCAUCAUCUCCUCCACAGGUUAGACUCCUCUGUCCUUCCUUACUAAAAGGCAACAAUAAAUGAGCUCCCGGUUUUAUAGAAAGUUGGUUUUUAUGUGUUUGUGUUUGCCGAGAAAUAUCCUUAAGAGCCUUAAAACACAAAAAAACUUUUUAUUCAUCCCUGGGUUGUUUUUAUCUCUCAGUAAUAAAAAGGUACUUGCAUUAGGCAGGGGGAACUUGUGACUAAUCCCCCCAUUUAUACCUGGCUUUUGCGGAUAAUUAGGCACCCCGAACAGUUCCCUUGUUUCAAUUUUUUUUUGUUUUAAGGCUCUGCCAAAAGCUGACUUUGAUCCCUUGGCUUAGCUCUCUUAUUUUUAUUGGCUGAAUGCUCAUCCAAGAAUCCUCUGUAUAAUUGGCACACAGAACAUUUUCAUUUCAGAGGCAGCAGCCUCAUUUUCACACACUUGUCAUUACUCUAACAUUGCCUUCAAAACUGCUGAUUCAGGAUCAAACUGUCCUUGAAGGCUAAAUAAUAAAAGUAUCUUCUAGAAGAAUGUAACUCAAUAUCAGGACAUUCCCUCUGAAUUCAAAUCUAAAGUCUUUUGUCAAUGGUAUAUUUAAGAGAUUUCCUCAGCCUACGAUGCACUUUAGUGAGUGAUUGAGCUUUAUAACAGAACAAAAUGAACAAACAGUAGGCAGCAUUUUUAAUGAAUAGCCACACAGGCGGCAUGCGUCAGUGAGCAAUGUAAGCAGCAGAGCAGCUUUGGGUAAAAGGUCAUUCGGUUUCUGUUUCUGUGGGGAUUUUCAGGUGAACUCGGCCUCUGCCUGCUGCUGUUUUGACAUUCUAAUGGAAGUGAUUUUCAAAUGCUGAAACUCCCAGUGAUAAACUUAAAUAUAAUAUAACAUAACAACCUUUCAAUAUGCAAACCUGUAUUUCAGAGUGGACUGAUAUUCCCAUUUUACCCACUGUCCACUAAUGCAACAAAAAUCUGGUUCUGCAAUGAUGCACCGUUUAAACUUUGAUUUAUCCUCAGCAGACCCCUCGUUUGACCCAUCCAUCGCUCUGGCCAGCCUGGUCCAGCACAUCCCCGUCCAGAUGAUCACAGUGCUCAUCAAGAGUCUCACCACAGACCAAAAUGUCAAAGAUGCAAGCAUGACUAAAGCUCUCUGCAGGUGCCCUCAUCAGAAAUGACUCCAAAACCACUUUUGUUUGGUGUUAGUUGAUGUAUUCUGUUGAUAGAUUAUGAGACAUACUCAAGCUUCCAGACAUCAUGCAGCUCCUGACACAUCCUCUGAAUUAUUUAGCGAUGUUGUUGUCACACUUUUGUUGCCACAUGUUGGUUACCAUCAGGUCGCCACAUUUCGCACAUUAUUCACGCUCCUCUCUCUGUCUAGGAUGAUUGACUGGCUCUCUUGGCCUCUGGCCCAACAUGUCGAUACCUGGGUCAUCGCUCUCCUGAAAGGACUGGCAGCAGUUCAGAAGUUCACCAUCCUCAUAGAUGUUACUCUGCUUAAAAUUGAAUUGGUUUGUAUUUAGAGUUUUGAUAAUUAUGAUAAUCAGGGUGAUGUCAAACAGAUAUUGUGCACAUAAUUCUUUUUAAGAUAUAUUUUGGGCAUUUUGUUGUCAGAGACAGGACAUGUGAGGGUAGAGAUCACAGGGGGGACAUGAAGCAAAGGGUCGUGGCUGGGAAUCAAACCAGUUACUGCUGUGACGAGGACUAUAACCUGCAAAUGUGGGGCACUUAGACCUGUAGCCUCACAGGCAUCUUUUAAAGAGACUUAUAGAGCUAAGAUAUUACACCUGUGCCUGAUUUAAGUGCUCAGAAGAAUUAGCAGAGCUCUUUCUGAGAUUAUAUAUAAAUGCAUACAUGAAAUAAGACUUCUUUUCGUAACCCACAGGUUUUCAGUCGUCUGUGGUACCCAAUCGUGCGGCAGGGGGCGCUCACUGUACUCUCUCAUAUGCUGCUGAGUUUCCAGCACUCUCCCGAGGCCUUCCAUUUGGUAAGGGAUCUCCUCUCUCCUCACAGCCCAUUUCCCUCUCAUAUGGCCACUUUAUUGGUUUUCUCAUUUUUCUGCUUCUUCUCUGGGCUUAAAUUACUUCAAAGCUGCGCAGACUUCUUUUCCCAGAACCCCGGGCUGAGCACCACUCUCUCACUAAUGAUGUGUGAAGCACUUAAAUGCGCAGAAAUGGCUCUUGAGUUGGCCGGUUUCAUUAGUAUCUAAAAACAUGAACAGUUUCAGAAAUACUCUGUGGGGUUCCUGUUGUUCAGCUACCCUCUGACUGACCUUGCUGCACAUUUGUGUGUUUUUAUUUCUGAACCGUCUGAUGUUUUCAGCACCACAGUGGUACCAACAUUUUCCUCCUGUGUUCAUCCCUCACUGUCCCAGGUUGUUCCACAUGUCGUGCAUCUGGUGCAGUCUUUAAGGACAGACGGACUCCCCACAAGUAAAGCGUUCCUGCUGCAGUUCACUGAGCUUAUACACUGUAUGAUGUACCAGUACUCUGGUUUCCCUGACCUCUACGACCACAUUAUCGAAGCCAUCAAGGUAAGUGACAAGAAGGACUUCAUACUUAAAUUGUUUUUAUGUUUGAAGGUUUUUAAGAACAUGUGGAUUACAAAUGACACCAAAAAGUUGUUACUACCUUCAUCCCCUUUUACAUCUUUUGGUACGUAAUGAUACAUUUAAUGAAUGAUGGUAGAUUUAAGACUUUUUGUCAUUUCAGGAUCUUCCAAAACCCGGAGAGGAAAAGAUCAAGUUGGUGUUGAAUCAAAGUGCCUGGACCUCUCAGUCCAACUCAUUUGCCCCGGGUCUCCUGAGGCAAGUUGGGAAGUCUGAGACCGGCAAGACUGGCCUGGUCAACCUGGGGAACACCUGCUACAUGAACAGCAUCAUUCAGACCCUCUUCAUGGCCACAGAGUCAGUUAUAAGUAACCUAUCACUGUUGCAUUUUGACAUUUAUAAUCUGAAACAUGCAUUAACAGAGUGAUUGUUUUUUUUUUCUCUCUCAGUUUUAGACGACACGUUUUGUCAUUGAACUUGAACGGCUCUAACAUGUUAAUGAAAAAGCUGCAGCUGCUCUUUGCUUUCCUUGCGCACACUCAGGUCAGCCAUGUCCCGCUAAACAGAUGUUACAGAAUUCCAUUAAAGUUUAUAAUUAUAAUAAUAAUAAUAAUAACCUUGCUGGGUGUGGUGCAUAUCUUUGACCUGCAGAGGGCAGCAUACGCUCCCAGAAACUUUCUGGAUGCAUCUCGGCCUCCUUGGUUCAAUGUGGGCUCUCAGCAGGACUGUUCAGAGUACCUCAGAUUUCUUCUUGACAGGUAUGGCAUCACUCUCAGCAGAAUCAGUCGUAAUAAGCUUGUGUGUCAGGUCAGAAUACAAACCAGCUUUUUCUCCUCUGUGUUCUGAAUUGAAGACCUUGUUGCUCAUUUCUUUGUGUUGCAAAAAUUGAAAAAACGCUCACAAGGAAGACAAAGCAUGAAAACCUUGUGAGUUUUGAGUGAGCAUGACUGGGAGUUAAAGAUAAUUACCCUCUUUUGAGCUACACAAUGUAUUUUUUCUGGUUUGCAUUUCUUUAUGUUGUGUAAGGAUCCCUGUGGAACACUAUCACAGCAGUGGCAUGAUAAAGCUAAAUGCACAUUGACAUGUAUUUUCUAUAGCUGAGCAUUUCUUUCUUAAUCUCAAGGUUACAUGAAGAGGAGAAAGCACUUCAGGUCAUUGAAUCAGCUAAGCCAAAGGUUGCCUCCCCUGUUGAUGCAAACAGCAAAGACCCGACCGCUCAGACUACCCCAGAGGGCCCUGGAGAGUCGUCUUUGUCUCCAGUAGAAAGUAAACCUGUGAAUGAUGGGAGGACUUUGAUAGAAAGGAUGUUCGGUGGGAAUCUGAUCACAGGGAUUCGCUGUCUGCGGUGUAACUGCAUCUCUGAGAAAGAGGAGCGUUUUACAGACUUGUCUUUGGCCUUCUGUCCUCCUGCUACUUCUCAGGACGGCCCUCAACCUGCAGGGUCCUCAGAGGAGCCCAAAGUACUCUGUCAAGGGUCUGUAAACGGUGGCAGCGAAACUCCCGAGCCAGGCUUGGCCAAAACCCCCACUAGCAAUGCCAAUUGUAGGCUCCUAGACGGGCCUCCACUCUCUGUGCCUGACCUGGUGAACUAUUUCCUUGCUCCAGAGAUCCUUGAUGAAGAUAAUGCAUAUUUCUGUGAGAAGUGCAGCUCCCUGCAGCGAGCCGAGAGGACAAUGAAACUGGUGUCAGCGCCUGAAUACUUGAUCCUCACUCUGCUUCGAUUCUCUUAUGAUGCCAAAUGCCACAUUCGCAGGAAGAUUCUGGACAAUGUCACCAUCCCACCUCUCAUGAGGCUGCCUGUGCAUUCCCCUGCAAUGAAUACACAAUGCUCCUCCUCCUCCUCCUCCUCUACCUCCUCUCCCCUGCAAGUGGACUCUCCUGAGAGUAGCGAGAAUCUGGCCAAGAAGCUGAAACCAUCUCAAAAAGAGGAGGAUGAUAAGGAGAAGGAGAGUAUAGAUGGAGAAGAGCUUAUAAUCAGAGAGGGAGAGAUAUCGGUCCAGUCUGUGCCCUACGUCCUCAGCUCAGUGGUGAUGCAUUCUGGCAUUUCCUCAGAGAGCGGCCACUACUACUCCUACGGCCAUAACAUUAACGGAGCAGAUGGAAUGCAGCAUCCAGCCAAUCACUUUGCCCUCAAGGAGGAUUCGGGGAAUGGACAGGCCGAGUGCAGCCUCUCCACUUGCUCGGCUCUUUCAAUUCCACCUGAACGAGGAGACAAGCCCUCCACCCAGGAGGCGAAGGAUUGGCUGCUGUUCAACGACAGCAGAGUGACAUUCUCAUCUUUCCAGUCGGUACAAAACAUUACCAACCGCUUCCCCAAAGACACAGCGUAUGUGCUCAUGUACAGAAAACAGGAGCUACCAGGGCAGAGCUUGAACGGAGGACUUACUGCAAAUGGGAUGAGAGUGAGUGCAGAGCCUCCGCUGCAGAAAGAACUCCUGGAUGCUAUUAUCAAGGACAACAAGCUGUAUUUACAGGUGAAGUAAAGAGGCAUUAAAGCAUCAAUUUAACUCACCACUGUUUAUUAUUUAUUCCAAUAUAUCCAAUCCACGCUCAGCAAGAUUUGCAUCAAACUUAAUAUUUAAUAAUAACUAAAUCUUUUGACUUGUGAUUCAUAGUAUCAUAAUCACAAACCUCCCCAAGUCUGGGGUUAAUAUGCAGGUCGAGGACUGAAGUAAAUUCACUCAGGUGUUUAGAAGCUGAGGGAAAACUGACAUUACUUCACAGAUAACUAAGAGUCUGCAGAGUAUUGGGUUUAUUUUUUCAUGGCUGAACUUCAAGCCAAAUCUGAAGUGUGCUGUUAUGAGACAGGAGGUGCAAUUUCACAAGUCAGUGGACUGUGCUGUGUGGAGUUGACUUUCUAGUGUACUUGUGUAGAAGUGAGUGACCUCUAGAGGAUGCUGUAUUAAUGUCACAUACAAGACUUGCAGCCUCAGAAAAUGCUAAAUAAGCUCUUUGACACAGCAUGACUUAACUAUUGAGGUUUUUUUGUUUUUGUCUUGUUUACACUUUCGAAUAAACAUGCUUUAAUUUUUUUUUCUCUCUUCUAUCAUGUCAACAGGAGCAGGAACUUAACGCUAGGACCCAGGCUCUGCAGGCCCCUUCAUCCUCCUGCUCAUUCAGGCCAAACGGUUCAGAUGACAAUAACCCACCAGGGAGCUGCGGCCCAUCUGGUGGAGGAGGGGGAGGGGGUGGGGGCUUCAAUACUAUCAGCAGACUGGUCUUCUGAGAGAAAGACAAAGAAAAAAAACGCAGGAAACCAAGAUGGACUGUCACGGAGAGAGGCCUGCACUGAUCGAACGGGAGCUGAACUGUCAUACAGCAGAUGUGUAAUAACCUCACAAGGAAAGCACUGAAUAGAUCUGAAACACACAUUAACACUUUUACACAAACACACAAAGAACUCUGACACUGUUUGGGAUUAAAGAUCUGGAUUUUCAGCUUUGACUUUACUACAUUGUCGCAGUCCAAAAAUAAAAUUUGGUUUAUUCUUCUUGUUUUAUUCACAAAGUAAUCUCUCAUCAAACCUCAAAUUAAGAAAAAAGCUGAUCCACAUUAGAGGUCAUGUUAUCUCUCCCACAAAUAAAAGAUACAAGACUAAAAGAAUUUCAUAUCAUAAAGGCAACUUCAAUAAACGUUUAUUUUUACAUACAUUGAAUAUAUAGACAUGAUCCAGUCUAGAACAUGUCAACACUAUCUGAUUUUUCAGAGUUUUUAUGAUAUUACCUCACCUCACACAAAAAAACAAACGCGUACAUACAUAAAUACAUACAUACAGACAAACAAACCAUAUGCAAACACAUGCAUGUGCGGUGCACAGUACAGAAAACAGCAUUCAACUGUAAGAUACUGAGACUUUUUGGAUUUGUCAGAUCUUCGAACACACAGCUCAACCUUUGUUUACUAUUCUGAGUUGCAUGUGUCUUUCUUUACCGAGCGGUGGAGUCAGAUUUUUAAGAUAUAUGAACCUUUUUUGACGUGUGCUUUGGUGUUUUAUAGGUUUCUUAUUCCAUGCAAUAAAUGUAUAUAUGACUCCAAAUAUCAUCCUGACUAAUCAUGGAAACAUACCUUUAGGUUGAAAACUUAAUACUAUGUUAUAUAUUGAAAAUUUUUAAGGAGAGGUGUUUUUUUUGUUGUUUUUUUUUGGGUAUGAUUAUUAAAUGCUUUUCUCCCACUGAUGAGGAGUGAAAUCAUCUCAUCAUAUAACAGCAAUUUACGUUAAUGAUGUAUUUUCUGAUGUUUUCAUCGAAUUUGAUUCUGUAGACUUUUGAGUUCAUGCUGGUUUAUGUGCCUUUUUGUACUAAAUACAAAAUUCUUAAGGGGGAAUUUGUAUGGGUACACCUCAGCAGUUUUGUGUUAAUUUUAAGAGUACACAGUAUAAAAAUAUCAGUAUUCACUGUACUUUCUUAUAAAGCCAGCCAUUUUACUGAUAUUUAAAUUGUUAUGUUUGCAAAGACUUGAAAAGACAUUGAGGAAUAAACUGUUAUGAAAAUGUGAUGACAAAUAUGAUCUGGAUCUGGGGUUUUAAUUAUUCUGAAUAGAUUAAAGACCAGAAAAAGCAGCCGACGCCAAAGGUCAGGAGUGUACGCUUAAGCUUA